AUGGAGAUUUCAUCAAAAGAAAAUACUCAGCUUUUCUCAAACACAAUCCUGCUUGUUGACCGAUCUUCAUUCAAAUCUGAAUCUUCUGCUUCCAAGGAAAAACAGUCGUGUUGUGGAGGUAUAAAGGUAUUUCUUGGCGCAUUGUCUUUUGUUUAUUUUGCUAAAGCACUGUCAGGAAGUUAUCUAAAAAGUACUAUAACACAAAUAGAAAGAAGAUUUGAUAUCCCUUCCUCUUUGGUUGGAGUUAUUGAUGGCAGUUUUGAAAUUGGGAACCUCCUAAUCAUAAUUCUUGUAAGCUACUUUGGAGCGAAGCUUCACAGGCCAAGAAUAAUUGGAGCAGGCUGCUUAAUUAUGUCAGCUGGAACAUUCCUAAUUGCGAUGCCCCAGUUCUUUAUGGGACGAUAUGAGUAUGAAAGAUUCCCUUCCAUCAUCAAUUCAACUGUUAGCAUCUCUCCAUGUCUGAAGGACAAAAGCCAAACUCUGCUCUCUGCCUUGGAAAAACCUCAAGCAAAAAUAAAUGCAGGAUGUGAAAAAGGAGGAUCUUCCAUGUGGAUCUAUGUUUUACUGGGAAAUCUUCUGCGUGGAAUAGGUGAAACUCCUAUCCAGCCUUUGGGAAUUACAUACAUUGAUGAUUACACCAUUGAAGAAAAUGCUGCCUUAUACAUUGGCUGCGUACAGACAGUUGCAAUUAUAGGGCCAAUAUUUGGCUUUCUUCUAGGAUCCCUGUGUGCCAAACUUUAUGUUGACAUUGGCUUUGUAGAUCUGGACAGUGUAACAAUAACUCACAAGGAUGUGCAGUGGGUGGGAGCCUGGUGGCUGGGCUACUUAAUAGCAGGUGUGAUUAGUGUUCUGGCUGGCAUCCCCUUCUGGUUCCUGCCCAAGCACCUCCCAAAACCAGAGGGCAGGAAGGACUCCAGUACCUCUUCUGAGCAGUCAGAGUUCAUCACUGAGGAUAACAAGGACCAUCAAAAAUCUUAUCAGCAAAAUGUGAAGAUUGCUGAGAUGGAAGACUUCUUGCCAUCACUGAAGAACCUCUUUGGGAAUCCAGUUUACAUUCUGUAUUUGUGUGCAAGUAUCAUUCAGUUCAAUUCUUUAAUUGGCAUGGUGACAUAUAAGCCAAAGUAUAUUGAACAGCAAUAUGGGCGAACAUCUUCACAAACUAAUUUUGUUAUAGGUCUUAUCAACAUCCCUGCUGUGGCCUUUGGCAUAUUCUCUGGAGGACUGAUCAUGAAAAAAUUCAGAAUCAAUGUUUUAGGGGCUGCAAAACUCUCCCUGGGAUCAUCUUUCUUCGGUUACCUUUUGCUCCUGUCAUUAUUUGCAAUGGGCUGUGAGAACUCAGAUGUGGCUGGACUGACCGUGUCAUACCAUGGAGCUAAACAAAUGACUGAUUAUGAGCAAGCCCUGUACUCAGAGUGCAACUCGGGCUGCGCAUGUUCCAAGAACGACUGGGACCCCAUCUGUGGGGAAAAUGGAGUUACCUACAUUUCUGCUUGCCUCGCUGGCUGCCACGCAUCCAAUGGCAGUGGGGAACACACCGUAUUUUUUAACUGCACCUGCGUGGGAACCUUGGAAUCUCCUUCACAAAGCUCCUCAGCUGUGGUGGGACUAUGUCAAAAAGGAAAUGAGUGUCCAAAAAUGUUUCUGUAUUUUCUAGUAAUAUCUGUUAUCACUUCAUAUACUUUGUCAGUAGGUGGCACACCUGGAUACAUACUGCUUCUAAGAUGCAUUAAACCACACUUGAAAUCAUUUGCACUUGGUAUCUAUACCCUGGCAAUAAGAGUACUUGCGGGAAUUCCAGCCCCAGUGUAUUUUGGAAUGGCCAUAGAUACCGCUUGCCUGAAAUGGGGAAGCAAAAGAUGUGGGGGAAGAGGAGCGUGCAAACUCUAUGACUCCAGUGCACUCAGGUAUGUGUACCUGGGGCUGACUUUGGUGUUGGGCACGGUAUCCAUUUUCUUCAGUGUUGCUGUCCUUUGGGUUCUCCGGAAAAAGUCUUCUCCACAAGAUGAGACCCUCUCAACCAACAGGGAGAGAGGCACCCGUGGGACAAAGAGCAGGAAAACUAAUUUUGUCAAUAGUGACCAUUUAAUUCAGACAACUUACUGGCCAGAAAAGGAGACUAGGCUUUAG